AUGACUUCCAAUCGCUACCCAGUCUACAAAGUCAAAUCGCAUAUGGCCCUCCCAGAUCCGCACAUGCCGCCCGGUCGCUUCCAUCACGCCAUAUUCGUCGGAACCAGCAAAGAUGGCUCUGGCACUCUGUACCAUGUCACCGGCGACGUCACGUCCUCAAAAGGAAUGAGCUACGAGAGCAGAGAGUCACCUGAUCCCGCUCACUUAGAAAACUUCCAUUCUAAAGAACUGCUGGGCUAUACCGGCUCCGACGGUCAUCCAGAACAGUGGAAUGCGCUUCUUGCUGCACUGCCGACGCCGCCGCAGCAAAAGGCUUCGAAUCCGAGGAAGCAAGGCCGCGUCGAGCCUUUUCAGGAGAAACUUGGAGACUACGAGUACAUCUUUUAUCAGGACGGGGAAGAGCGCAAGCCGCUUUGGAAGUGCACUGAGUGGGUUGAGUGGUACGCUAUUCCUGCUUUUCGCAAAAACGGUCUUAUCCAGAGCAGUGAUCAGUGA